AUGGAAGAGUCUGAUCUUUUCAAAAAUUUGAGCACCUUCACCUUUCCCAAACCUGUUCCCCUUCCAAACGACGGCUCGGAGGAUGUGGAAUCCAUCGAAACAACGGCCUCUUCAGAUAACGAGGUGUAUCCACUGGGAAAUAAGUCAACAAUAUCUCCAAAGGCAACAAUCUUUGUGGGUGAACUCAACAAGCCGUCAUCUCCAAAUUCUUCAACAGCGAUGCCAAACCAUAAACGAAUAACUAACCUCGUGUACUCCAACUGCAAUGAAAAUGGCCUUUCUCUGUCUCUGUCACCGGGCAAGUCUGCCGGUGUGAACAGAACCAUCUCUUUCCCUCCAAUAUCCCCAAUAAACACGAAAUUCGAAUGGGAUAAAUCGCCAAGACAGCCUACACUUUACAAGACCAGAUCAUCCGCUACUAUGGAAUCCUCGUUCUAUCAAUCACCGAAUACGCUUCAGUCGUCUCCACAAUCGAAUGAUUAUGCAACUGCCAGGUAUUUGAAUGACAAUAGACCCUUGUCGUCUCCAUCAGAGAGGGGCUCCUUUGCAAGUAGUGGUAGAAAGUUUCACCAUCGCCGAAGCUUGUCUAUUUCCAGUCCAAAGUCUACAGAUUUCUCACCCAAUUCUAAUAGAUUCUCCUUUGUCUUUUCUAACGUCGAAGAAACAAACACAAGCAACUAUCACUUGGAGGUCUCUAGGGAAUUUCAUGAUACUGCUCCAAUCGAUUGUGAAGCACAAGAUGACUUUAUAUUGGAGGAGGAGAAUGACUGUGACCACAAUAGUUAUAGUGAGGAACCCCUCAUGUUGUACAAAAACUUUGAUGACAGGAAUACCGAUAUUGUCUCCAGACCUACUGCUUCCAGCUCAGGUGUCAGUAUAGGAGAAGCCCAAAAAGUGAAGAUCCAACGGCCCUCUGUGGUGUACCUUGUAUCAUCGCCAACAAAUCUUGAGCUUGAUUUGGACAUAAUUUCCAAUACAGAACAGUGA